CCCCCCGUUCGGUGCCAAUGGGAGGAACGGUGCCCCGUUCUUGGUGUCAAUGGGAGGAACGGUGCCCCGUUCUUGGUGUCAAUGGGAGGAACGGUGCCCCAUUCUUGGUGUCAAUGGGAGGAACGGUGCCCCAUUCUUGGUGUCAAUGGGAGGAACGGUGCCCCAUUCUUGGUGUCAAUGGGAGGAACGGUGCCCCAUUCUUGGUGUCAAUGGGAGGAACGGUGCCCCAUUCUUGGUGUCAAUGGGAGGAACGGUGCCCCAUUCUUGGUGUAUAUGGGAGGAAUAGUGCCCAUGGUGUCAAUGGGAGGAAUAGUGCCCCAUUCUUGGUGUCAAUGGAGGAAUAGUGCCCCAUUCUUGGUGUCAAUGGGAGGAACAGUGCCCCAUUCUUGGUGUCAAUGGGAGGAAUAGUGCCCCAUUAUUGGUGUCAUUGGGAGGAAAUGUGCCCCAUCUUUGGUGUCUUUGGGAGGAAAUUUACCUCUUCAUUGGUGUCAGUGGGGAGAAUUCUGUUCCAUUGUUGGUAUCACUGGAUGAAAUAGUGCUGCA